AUGCGGUUCGUUAUAGUAGUAUUUUUAUGUAAUUUGUCCAUGUUAGCUUCGGGCAAAGUGAACUAUUGUGGUUCGAAAAUGUGCAGCCACACAAAUGCCCAUACCUUCUGUCAAUUUACAGUGACUCCCGGCCCUCAGUGCAUAGGCUACAUGGAGGCGCCUCUAUCCAGCGAGGAGAAGAUGCGAGUGGUAGCGCGUCUGAACUUGCGACGUGCCGCAGCUGCCAGCGGUCGCCUGCGAGGGUUCCCCGCUGCUGGGAACAUGCUUAAACUGAUGUGGAUAGACGAACUGGCGCGGGAGGCACAAGUAUGGGCAGAUCAGUGUGAGCCGCCUCGUAACCCUGAGGCGAAUGACGCCUGCCGCGAUCUGUAUUCGGUGUCAGUCGGUCAGUGCGUGGCGUCGGUGGUGGGCGAGGCACCCGGACUGCGGCCAGAGUCCAUGGUCGACCUCUGGUACAUGCAGAGCAUGCACUAUAAGGGCAACAUCACCUCCUAUGAAUCUCCAACGGAAUCGUCUUCUGGCAACUACGCCGAUUUCGCGCAGUUGAUCUAUGCUAAGUCGUAUCUAGUGGGAUGUGGACGAAGCAGGUUUAUGACUACAAUGCGCGGUCGCGUGCGCAGCGUCGAGCGCCUGGUCUGCAACUUCGCGCCGCGCGGCCCAAAUGCAGGGCGCCCUCUGUGGACCAUGGCCCCUCCUGCCACUGCCUGCCCUCCACGGUCCAUCGCGGAUUACUCCUUACCUUCUCUCUGUGCUAUCCAGCGCGAAUUGGACGAAUCAGAUGACCAGGAUAAUUUGUGGUCACUUGAAGAACAUGUCCUUUUGGACACAUUAUUUGAAAUUGAAAAAAACGAGUCGCUAAAUUACGUGGGAAGCAUCGAUGAAAUUUUUCUGACAAAGAUUGCUAUUGCCACCAUAUCUCCAGAUAUAAUUUCCACCGAUGAAAGUUCUAUGCAAAAACGCGACAUCAAUAAUGAUUUUAAUAUGUCAUCGUCAACACUCAAUAUUUUGGAUGGUAUGGAUGACAUCAUGGAAUUUUCAACCUCAAUGUCAGAAAUAAAGACUAACAAUUUUUAUUCGCCUAUUGGUAAAGCUAAAAAAUAUUUCAUCCGACCGAAAAAAGGAAAAGUCAAUUUAAUUGGUAGACCGAAGUCGUAUAACAUGCAAGAUUUAACAGAGGAUGAAAAGGACACAAGAAAUGAGAAUGUUUCUAUCGCCUAUGUUGCAGAUUCUAACUUGCAAAUGCAGGAUCUUCCGAACAGAGACAAACAUUUUGAUGUCGAUUACGAAUUUGUUGAACAUUCUGACGAAGUUGUGUCAUCCACCAACGAAGACCCCACAAGAGCUAUGGUCUCUACUUCUGAAUACGAACAUAUUUCGUCAACAAAAGAGUAUAAGGAUUUAAAAGAAGAUGAUGAAGAUACUACAAGAAAGGAAAAUAUCGACUCUUAUACUCCAGGGGCAACUCAAAAGCCUUUAGACCCAGAUGAGGAAUUUAACCAUUAUUACGCAAGGUCAAAUGACACCGAUGCCGUCCUAGACGAGUACCUUUCCGAUCCGGAAACAGUGCGACAACUUCAAGAAGAGUUGGAUCGAAUGGAGAAAGCGGUUUCAUCUACAAUGACUACGCGGUCUGAUAAGGUGCGGCGUGAUUUAAGAGAUCUCCCGCCAGGAUUGGAAAAUUUUCAAGAUUUCCGGAACAAUAGUCAACUUCAGCAGUUGUCAGACUUGUUGGCAGAAGAAGAAAGGAACAGAUCCAUGGAACGAAACCCCAUGCUCAACAUGGUUAUGAAAUAUAUGCCCUAUUUGAAGAACUACAAACAAGGCUUCAUGAAUAGUGCAGUGAACAGAUCACAAAAAUUAACAACAGCGGUCUAUAAUUUUAUGUUAAUAUUAACAUCCUUUAUAAUUAAUGUUUUGUAUUAGGUUUACGUUUAUGUUGUAUUACAGUUUUGUUUUAAU